UUUUGCCGUGUACUGUGUUUAUGUAUACUGGAAACAUUACCGAGACUGGAGAGUGGUGGUGGAGACUAGAGUGAGAAACUGAGGAGCGAGAGAGAGAGAGAGAGGAGGAAAUGUCGGGUAAAGAAGGGGAGGUGGUGUGCGUAACGGGAGGCAGUGGGUAUAUCGGUUCGUGGCUGGUCCGUCUCCUCCUCGAACGCGGCUACACCGUUCACGCCACCGUCAAAGAUCUCAAGGAUGAAAAAGAAACUAAGCAUCUCGAAGCCCUAGAAGGUGCCCAAUCGCGUCUCCAUCUCUUCCAGAUCGAUCUCCUCCACUACGACUCCAUUGUCGCCGCCGUCACUGGCGCCAACGGCGUCUUUCACCUCGCAUCUCCCUGUAUUGUCGAUCAAGUUCAUGAACCUGAGAAGGAGCUAUUGGACCCGGCGAUUAAGGGGACCAACAAUGUACUCACUGCGGCAAAAGAGCUGGGGGUCCGGCGAGUGGUGGUGACCUCAUCCAUAUCUGCGAUCACUCCGAGCUGGUACUGGCCAGCAGAUGUAGUCAAGGAUGAAAAUUGCUGGACGGAUAUUGAUUACUGCAAGACAAAAGGGCUGUGGUAUCCACUUUCUAAAACACUAGCUGAGAAAGCGGCUUGGGAAUUUGCCAAGGAAAAAGGUUUAGAUGUGGUUGUGGUGAAUCCUGGAACUGUUAUGGGACCUAUCCUGCCUCCAGCACUUAAUGCAAGCAUGUUAAUGAUUCUUCGCCUUCUUCAGGGCUGCACAGAGAUAUAUAAGGAUUUUUUUAUGGGGUCUGUCCAUGUUAAAGAUGUGGCCCUAGCACACAUAUUAGUGUAUGAAAACACGUCAGCAACUGGAAGGCACUUGUGUGUGGAAGCUAUAUCUCAUUAUGGCGACUUUGCUGCAAAGGUUGCAGAACUUUGCCCUGAAUAUAAAGUGCCCAGGUUGCCAAAGGAUACCCAUCCUGGCUUGCUGAGGACCAAGGAUGGAUCUAAGAAGCUAAUGGACUUGGGUCUGCAAUUCAUCCCCAUGGAGCAAAUAAUCAAGGACUCUGUUGAGAGUUUAAAGAGCAAAGGGUAUAUUUCUUGAAUGAAACCUUCAAGCCUCUGCACACCUGGAACUGGUAAAGGCCAAGAACUUUGUGGGAUAACAGUAUAACAAUAAAGAUAUUGGGUAUAUAUUGAUCAAUGAGAUAUCCUUGUAAUUUUGGGCUGGGGUUGUAACUGAACUAACCUGAGUUCGAAAUUGUGUGUAUUUUGUUAUGUUUUAUUGAGUUUAUUAUUGGUUUUGUGUGGUAAUUUUUCUUUUCAAUUAGAGGUUGCGUUGAGCUACUUUUAGAGAUAUUCUAAUUUAAAAGUUGUAAGCUUUUUGACUCU